AUGAUGGAAGGAGGCGGUCUUGAGUUUGAAGAAGUUAAAAAAGAAACGUUGGUUGAACUGCCUGAAAUGGCGUUGGGAGCAAACCAUGAAGCUAAGCUCAGGGAACUGUUACAUAAGAUAAAUUCCAUUGAGAUUAAGUUGUGUUCUGAUGCUACGAAGGAGUUCAUUAAAUUACUGAAGAGUGAUAUCGGUGGGGAAUUCCUUCUCCAAUAUGUGCAUUUGUCUGCUAAUCUUUCUGAACUCAUGGGAGCUUGGAAUCUUCAACAGGGGAAGCCUGGAAUGUCAUAUAUAUUGUCUUUAAUUUCUGCAAUUCUCGGUCACCCAGAAGGGAAAUAUCAACCAGACAUGAAGGGGAGAGUGGCUAUCAGUGGUGUUCUUGAUAGGUUUGCUCGAACGCUUAUAGAAGAGAAGCUUGAUAUUAUUUGUAAGGAACUGAAUGGCAAAGAAGCGAAGCACCAAAAUGCUGCUCUGUUGCUGCUGGCUUCUAUUGUUAGGCGUGGGUCAGGUCUAGCUUCUGAUGUUGCUAAGAAUUUUGACUUCAAGCUCCUGUCAUUUGUGAAGCUUGCAGAAUACAAGAAGAAGCGACAUGACCAGAAAAGGAAGCAUUCUACUAGAAAGGCUUUUGUUGGAUUUGGAAUGUCAUUUUUGGAGGUUGGGAAACCAGGGUUGCUGAGGUGGGUCUUGCAGCAGAAGGAGAUGUAUUCUGGUAUCCUUCGUGGCCUUGGUAAUGAUGAUGAUGAGACUGUUAUCUAUGUUUUAUCCACGUUGCAGAAUAGGAUUCUCACAGAGGAGUCGCUUAUACCCCCAGCUCUUAGAAGUGUGCUUUUUGGAAGCGUUACUUUAGAACAGUUGGUGGGCAUUUCAGGAAGGGAGACUGGAGGGUCUCCUGCAGAUUUGGCACAUAAUGUGCUACUUUUGGUUUGUACGGAUCCCAGCAAUGGUUUAAUGCCAGAUUUGAAGCGACAUCCAAAUCCCUUAAGGGGUAAUCCGAAAAGACUCUUGGAUCUCAUGAAGAAACUAAAGGCAACAGAAAUUGAACAUCAUAGAAUCUUGCUUCUAGAAAUUGUUAAGCGGAGGCCCUUUUUAGGUGCUGCAUAUAUGGAGGAGAUCCCUUACAACCUUGAAGAUUUUGCAUCACCUGCCUGGUUUAAUACGAUUUCUCUGGCAGCAAAUCUGGUGUCCUCAGUUAGUUGCAAUCAUCCUUUUUGUUUCAUUGAUCAUUCAUCAGAAGUUCCACCCUCUUCCAAUAAUGUGGAUGUGCAGAGAAUCAUCCCUUUCAUAUCUCCUCGAUCAUUUGGUCGGUCAGUUGUGAACAAAGGUUUACUGCACUCUGAUUUUCUGGUGAAGAAUGGAACUUUAAGAUUUGUUUUGGAGGCACUGAAGUUGUUGGAUUCUUUCUUGAGGGAUUUUAGUCUCUCUGAUUUCGCAAAGCAAAGUACUGAAAAAUGGGCAUCUGUAAAGCAUGAUAUACAGAAUGAACUUCGUACUUUGCUACCUGAUCCCCAAGUUCUUCUGACUUUACUUUCUCCUUUAAGUAGCCAGGCCAGAAGUGACGAAUCAGGUUUGAAAAGGAAAAAUGCAGAAUUUUCUCCUGAGAAUAUUCUGAAAAGAAGAAAGAAAUUCAGGGCCAGUGCUAUCCAUGGGGAUGAUGUAAUUGUUGGUGGUAUAACUUUGACUUCUGACAUUGCUUUGUCCCAGAAUGAUGAGAUUGUUGAUGAACAGUCGCCUGAUGAGUUAGAUAGUGAAAAAGACUACAUGAAUACAUUGUUGGAAUUAUGGGGUUCUGAUAUGUGUCUCACUGCUCCGUCAGUAAAGGAUGCAGAGACAUUCUUUUAUGCUAAGCUGCUUGAUACCCUCAAAGUUUAUCUAUGGGUAAUGCCUAGUGGGCUGGAGACUUCAUUUGACUUCUUUAUGAAUAUUCUCAGUAAUUCUUUGGCUUUGCCAACAACUCUUCAGUGUUCCCUACUUGCCCUUCUAGUCGAGUAUGUUACAUGGGACACAAGUAGCGGAUUUCCAAUUUCAGCUCCAUCUUUGAUGUACAAGCAUCUCCAGCCAUUUAUUAGUUUGUUGAUCUUUUCACCAAUAUAUGAUGUAAAAGUUCAUGCUUACAAGCUAGCGCAAGCUGCUAUGUUCAGUACUGGAGCUUUUGACCGAAAUGUGAAUGAAAUUGUUUCGUGGUUCUUAUUUUUACCUGGGUUCACCAUGGAACGAUCUCCUGGCUUUGAAGGACUGGAAGUAGUCCAGAGCUUGUCACAAGCAGUUAUAUCAUUUGUGUGUGAUGCAACAUCUACAGUUGGGAAUAGUCUAUUCAGGCAUUGGGAUGUUCUUAGAAACCACAUUGACCAACUGAGAGAAUUUAAAGAUUUAUCACCAGAUUUCAGCCCGCUCAGUAUCUGUGUGCUGCAAAAGUCUAUGAGGUUACUCAGCUCCGAGUCUGUAAUAUUUUCAUUACCUGAAAAGUCAAUGAUAUCAAUAUACGUGUACAACAUUCUGAAGUACCUGCUCCAAACUCAGGUAGAUGCUGGCCUGCUAGCUUCUUUGAUAAGGUCUGUUUUGACAGAGAGGCUUCAGGAGUGUGGCCCGUUGCUUCGCGAUUCUAUAGAUUCCUUAUCGGAAUGGGUGCCUCUGAAGAAUCUAUUGCUCUUUGCAGGAGGUAUAUUGCAGAAAAGUAUUUGCUGCUAUGGAACCAUUAGUGAUACUGAUAUUCCCACUGAUAUUUCUUUUGAAAGAACAAUUGGUGAAGUGAAAAAAUGUGUCGAAAGUGGACUGCAGAUUGAAAGAACAGGAUUGACCAAAGCUUUUCUUGCUGCUGUUAUUUGCGCACCCCCUGCGGAGUUGCUUUUGCAUUUUCCAUCAAUUAUGGCAAUCUUGCAGGACCUUCAAGUUCCUCCCAUGUUCUUGGCCUCGAUAGUUUUUCUUGAGCCAUUUUUCAUGUCUGGCAUGUUGAAGUUAUGGCCUAAAAUCUUUUUUUAUGGUUUGGAUCUGGCCGUCUCUGCAGUCAGCUCUAAUAACACAACUGAGCAAUCAUUGGUUGAAGAAAUGGUUCCUAACAUUGACGCGGAUUCUGAGUAUGCAUCUGCCGCUUGUACAUUUGCCAAUCUUCUGAGGCAGGCACCCUUUCAUGUUCUUUUUGCUGCUACUAUAAACUUUGAUGCCCACCAUUUGUCAGAAUCUUCAAAAUUAGUACAGUUGCUUUGCUCUAAACUAUCAGCUAGAGUAAGUGACUCCAGAAUUUCCCAGCUCCGGCUUCUAUUGUUUUGGUUCAAUCAAAUAAGGUCUUCGUAUGCUGUUAAACCAUUAGCUGAGUAUGAGCAACGCUCUAAAGUUUGUCAUAUUCUUAUAGAGCAUUUGCUUAGUAAUUUAUUGGCUUCAGAGUCGCAUUCCGAAUGCUGCAUAGAUUCAGUGAUUCUUCCGGAAGUGGAAGCGGGAGAAGUUGCAAACACUGUCCUCUGUCAUCCUGUCGUAUUUGCAUUACUGCUCAGACCUUUGAGUUGCAACAAUGAGUGUAGCACAGGAGACUCCUCUAUUAGGACAUUUGAUGACAGUUUUGAUGCACUCCUUGGCUUUUGUGGGGACAAAAUUCAUAAAAUUGACAAGUACAUCCUGAAGUUGGUGAUGACAACGGUGGAUAAUUUAUUUGCUGUAUCUAAUGGCGGACAACUCAUUCUCAAUGAUGUUGAUAGUAAGAGACUUGAAAAGGCACUUAACAACCUGGUGCAAACACUCUAUCAUGAAUUGAGGGAAAAGCUUAAUCUCUGCAUUCAAACUGAGGACUGGGUAUAUCUUGUGCCAUCAUUUUAUGUCUGCCAUGCUUUAGCUAGAAUUCUGUCCCCUUUUGAACUUCUUGAGUUGGUGAGCUGGGUACUCGGUAAGCUGAAGAUGGGAAGCUCGGUUCGUCAUAUUGGCUACAGAAAAUCUACACUUCAUAUUGUAUUUUGUCUUGCAGCUGAUGCUUUUGAAACUCUGGCAACUUAUUUGCAGCAGGGUGUAACAGAGGGGGCACCAAUUCAUGGGACGUGGGAGCUUCAGGAAAAAUGUUUCGACUCUGGCCUUAUUGAGGAAAUCUAUGUUCAAGUGUGUAAAUAUGCAACUGAGUAUGAACUGGAUUCUGCAUAUAUAUUUUUGCUGAAAGCUAUUAGUGCGGUUCACAGGCAGAAACAUAUGCAACAUGAUAUUGUUCAUCCCUUGAGCUUGGUCCUGACAAGGAUUGUACAUGGUACACCUAUAGAAGUAAUUUAUCACUGUGUGUCUAGGACAAGCAGGGACAAAGCUAAAUUGUUGUCUCUUCUUGUUGAGAUUAGUCCCUUGUAUUCAUCAGUGUUUGGGCAUUUUCUUUUAGGGGUUCUGAACAAAGAAUCACGCCUCCAUGACAAGGUGGUACAUGACACCUGCUCAACUAUUGCAGAGGAAAGCUACUUGAGGUUGUUGCCUGCUUCUUUGUCCUAUUUAAAUUCAGUUUCCGUGAGAUUCCAAAAGCAGUACUGCAAGCAAGUUUCUAAUGUAUCAGCUUAUUACACGAGAUUGUUGCUAAAUGGUUUUAGUGGCUGGAAGAACUUUGUAUGCAGACCUGAGUUUCAGGAAAGUUUUGAUGAGGUAUUCCCGUGUUCUGUUGAAGAGCUCUUUAAUCUUGUAAACAACAGUGUUCUUGGAAAGUCGAUUUGUAUGUUACGUUAUCACUGCAUGUUAAAUGGUCAUAUGAAACAGCAGGAGAGGUUGAAGCUGUUUAAAACUGUUUGCAAGAGUUCUGAGACGCUCGAUAGGCUGCUAGACUGCGACAUUCAUGAAAUUGAACUUUACUCAGUUGGUGAGUCGCUGAAUCUUAUUAAUAGAGUUUUAGGCAAGAUAUCCUUUUCCUCACUGUUGCUAUUUCCCAAGGACGAUCAGGUUGUGUCUUUGGCCAAAGAGUCAAAUGGGAAUGCCAAAGAGGUUUCUCUGGAAAAGUUCUAUGAGAAGGAGAGUAAGGCAAGAAUAAAGUUUAUGGGUAUGCUGGUUGGUACUUGGUGUCGCAUGGUAAAAAAAUUCCCGCCUUCGGCAGAUGUUUCUGAGAAAGAAAGGCCAAAAAAUUGUCUGCUGUUAUACAGAUUCUUAGAGAUUUGCAUUUUGAGGACUAUCCUUCAAUUAACCAUGGAGAUGAAUGGUGUUCUUAUUCAGUUAGAAUCCAUUCCAUUCCUUGAUAAAUUGAGUGAAUCGGCUCUUCUCCAUAGGUUUCAGGAUCCAUUAACAUUGAAGGUGCUGAGAAGUAUUUUAGCUUCAUUAUCGACCGGGAGAUUUUCGUGCUCUUCGUAUCUACAGCGGUUGCUUUCUCACUCUCAGUUCGGUCCUAUAAUUCAGAGUUGCACUGAAUUGUUUACCUCUCAAGUUGGCACUUUCUUUAAACCUAUGUCCAGUAUCCUAAGAUCUGUUGGAGUCCCUCUCUCAAAUUUGAAAAAUGAGCUGCAACAAAGCACCAUGUACUCGAGGCGAUUAGAAAUUGUGAAGUUGCUCAGAGUUCUUAUUCUGUUGCACCUUCGUCAGUGUGGUUCUGGAGGGGAGAUUUGCAUAAAUCUGAAAGAUCUAUAUCUAUUGCUUUUGUCCUCUUAUGGUGCAACGGUUUGUGAGGUUGACUUGGAGAUCCACAGCCUAAUGCGCAAGAUUCGGACUGUUGAAGAAUCCGUCUGUGUAGAUGCUGCUAAAAGGCAUUACCUGUGGGGAAGAUCUGCUUUGGGAAUGAGAAAAGUGGUGGCUGUGGACAAGGAUCCAUCUCCUGUUGGCACAGCUGAUACUGAAGCAGUUGAGGAACACCAGAGGAAUUAUUACAGGGAAAACUUUCCGAUUGACCCCAGGAUAUGUGCGGCAACAGUAUUGCACUUUCCUUAUCAGAGAACUGAGACUGAUGAACCUUUAAAAUUGGACGACUCUCAAAGUUCCAGUUUUGAAAUGUAUAAGAGUGAAGGAUCUGGUGCUGAUGAUGUGCAGCGAUAUGAUCCUGUUUUCGUCUUAGAAUUCUCAGUUCAUACUUUGUCCAUUGGGUAUAUUGAUCCUAUUGAGUUUGCUGGUCUGGGCUUACUUGCAGUUGCUUUUGUCAGCAUAUCCUCUCCUGAUGUUGGGCUGAGGAAACUGGGAUAUGAGACUCUUGGAAGAUAUAAGACUGCACUUGAGAUAUGCAAAAGGAAAAAGGAGACGAUGGGUCUGCGCCUUUUGAUGUCGUACAUACAAAAUGCAAUAGAGGAACCUUGGCAGAGAAUUCCUUCCGUUAUUAGCCUCUUUGCUGCAGAAUCAUCUUUCAUAUUAUUGAAUUCAUUGAAUGAUCAUCAUAAAACCUUAAUCAGCUAUUUGGAGAAUUCCUCUAGGGUCGAUAUGAAGAAGGUACCAAUGGUUAGUAGUAACUCAAUCCAUUUCAGAGCAGAGAGGCAAUGGAUCCUUCGUCUCAUAUAUGCUGGACUGAAUUCAGAUGAGGAUGGUCAAAUGUUCAUGUAUAAUUCCAUUAUGAAGGAAUUAUUGAGUUUCUACAGUUCUCCUCAUUCAGAUAGUGAGUCAAAGAAACUGAUUCUGCUGAUUGUGAAGAAGGCUGUUAAAUUGCAUAAGAUCACACACCAUCUAGUCAAAGAUUGUGGACUGCUUUCUUGGUUGUCAUCUGUCCUUCCUAUCUCUAGCAGGUUUCAGACUGGCUAUGAAAAGAACGUGUUCUCUGAGCACUUACUGGCUAUGGUAGAGGUUACUGCCGAAAUUGUUUCCUCCAGAAGCGUUGUGGAAUGGUUGCAAAACUAUGCACUUGAGCAGCUGAUGGGACUAGCUUCUCAUCUUUACAAUAUUUUAGUUGGUGGAUUGGAAUCAUUGAAGGGAGAUGGCCUUUUGUUAAAUUCCGUUAUGGAGGUAUUGGUGUCAACGUUGAAGAUAUCACAAGAGAGGAAAACAUACCAGCCUCAUUUUACCUUGUCAUUUGAGGGCUUAGUUCAGGUUUAUCGGGCUUACAGUCAAUGUGCUAUUGCGACUUCUCGUGAAGCUGCUGAAUUAGGACUUCAAAUGAUACUUAUGAGCAUACCUUCUCCCGAUAUCUUGCUCAUGGAAGAAGCAACUUUUUCCAGGUUUCUUAUGUGGGCAAUAUCUGUUGCCAUGGCAUCCGACUCUAGGAGGCGAGAGCUUGUCUCUAAAGCAUCACAGGCCAGUACCCUUACCAGACCAGAGGAGGCACAAUCUGAAUCUGAAGAGUGUUUUCUACUAAAACUUCAACGUUGGCUUGUUGGUGCUGUGAUUCUUGGAAAACUCUCCUCGACAUUCCCUGAUGCGAGGGGUACAUUAUCUGCAAGAUCAACAUCAAAUUUGCAGUCUUUAUUGGAAUAUAUCAGGACAGGAGGGAGGAGCAGGUGCGAACUUGGUAACUCUCGAGAGAUGUUAGCUGCUUCAAUCCUCUACCUUCAACAGCUUCUAUGCAUGGACUGCUCAGCAACCCCAUCAACUAUAUCUGCACUAUGCCUUAUACUUUUCAGUGGUACCUCACAAAUCUCAGAUACUGUAUCGGCCGAUGAGUCACUCAUGGUAUCACUCUGCUCGAAAGUUCGUGUUCCACCUGAAGCCAAUCCCGCUUGGAGAUGGUCAUACACCCAAGCAUGGAAGGAUGUCUCAUCUGAAGAAAUCGAUUCGUUGAUAAGGGUGGAGGAAUAUCAUGCAUGUCAGAUGCUUAGCGUGAUAAUCGCGAAUGUUGUGGGGAAGAUCCCAUUAGAAUCACAGACUUUAUCGCAUCAAGACAUAGAAAAGUCGGGUGUAUUUGAAUGGGAAAGAAGUCUAAUAGAAGGCUGA